UUAUGGAGAUGAUCUUUUGAUUCUUCCUUCUUUUUUUUUUUUUUUUUUUACUGAUACAAAUAUGCGGAUGUAUGUAGAUCUUAUGUGGCGGAAUGCGGCUUCCGAUGGAAGUUCGGCGAUAAUUGUUGGUCUCAACGGUGGCUGAUACUGGUUUGUGGUAGCAGGGUUGAAUCCGAAGCCCUAAAUGAUGAUUCGAAGGUCUGGAGGUUGAGGAAUUGAGGUUAUUGCUUGAGUAGAUAAGUUUUUGUUGUUCAUUUGGAGGAUGUUGGGGGAGACUCUAACCGAGACGUGGUUCGGUAAUAUAUGGAAGAAUUCGCGCAAGAGUAUAUCGUGGGAACCCGAGAGACCUGUGGUCGGGAUCGUGGCGUUUGAGAUCUCAAGAUUGAUGUCGAAGGUUGUUAACAUAUGGCAUUGUCUCACUGAUAGACAGAUUGUUAGAUUAAGACAAGAGAUUGCAAGUUCAGUGGGGAUUCGGAGACUAGUUUCAGAAGAUGAAGACUAUCUCAUGGAUCUUGCACUCGCUGAAAUCAUUGACAAUUUGGGAUCUGCCGCGAAAUUAGUAGCCGUGCUAGGGAAGAAAUGCGCGGAUCCAAUGUACCAUAAUCUCCGGGGCAUGUUUGAUGAUCCGGGCUUGAUCGAUCCCAAAUGGUAUGGCUGGCAAUACCGGCUGAAGAAGAUGGAUCGAAAAGUGAAGAAAAUGGAGAAGUUUGUGGCUGCGACUGAGCAGCUCUUUUCCGAGAUCGAAAUUUUGGCUGACCACGAACAGACUCUAAGGCGAAUGCGAGCUGGAUCGAACUUAGGGAAGGUGAGAUUGCUUGAGUUUCAAGAGAAGGUUGUAUGGCAGCGGCAACAAGUCAAAAAUCUUCAAGAACUGUCUCCGUGGGCGAGAAGUUACGAUUACAUCGUUCGUCUUCUUCUCCGGUCUCUGUUCACGAUUGUCGAAAGGAUAAAGUAUGUUCAUGGGGUUAACCAGAUGGAUCCAGUCGAAGGUCAUAAUCGAUCGACGAGUAUCGAUUGCAGUCAUUUACUAAGCGAUACCUUCGAUCGCUUGGAAACGGAGAGAGCCCCUGUUCGGAGGUCGUUUUCGAAUUUGGGCUUGAUGGAUAGAAGUAAAUCGAAGAACCGGACGUCUCUCGAUCGAUCGCCGUCAUCGAUCCUUUCCCGGAAGCCUCAUACGAAAGCGAGACGAUUCGCCGCUAUUGGGAUGACGGGAUGUGUGACGGGUGGAAUCGAUAUCGAAUCCCCGUUCGUUGGCAGCUCGUUCCGAUCGAACGGUAUUUCUCCGAAAAACGACGUAUCCGUAUCCUUCUUUACUUCGAAACGAUGUCUGCUGGACGCCAACGAGUCGACGCUCGGGCACGCGGCGUUGGCUCUUCACUAUGCGAACGUGAUCAUAUUGGUCGAGAAGUUUGCAUCGGCGCCUCACCUAAUCAGCCUCGACGCGAGGGACGACCUCUACAGCAUGCUGCCUUCGUCUAUCCGAAGCUGCCUGAGGUCGAAACUGAAGACGUUCUCGAAAACGACCGACUACGAUGCGGCGUUUGCCGCCGAGUGGGGGACGGCGAUCGGGAGGAUACUCGAAUGGCUGUCGCCGCUCGCACACAACAUGGCGAGGUGGCAAUCGGACCGGAAUUUCGAGAGGCGGAGGCUGGGUUUCGGGUCGAAUGUGCUGUUGGUUCAUACGCUGUAUUUCGCCGAUCGAGCGACGACGGAGGCGGCCAUCGUCGAACUCCUCAUGGGGCUGAAUUACCUCGCCCGAUUCGGAAUCGGGCCGGAGAUCGGCGAGAGGCGGCUCCGGCAGCCGUGGUGCGGCGGCGGUUUCUUUCCCAGGUAUAGUAACAUGUUGUGCGAUGUCAUCGAUUGAAAAAAAGAAGUGUUGUAUUUGUACACGAUGGAUUGGAUUGGUUGUCUUAAUUUGUUGGGAUUCAAUCGAGGAUGCUUUCGAAAUACAAUUAAGAAAAUAAUUCAACAA